AUGCUGCUUACAGACAAUCAAGAAGGUUUGACUCAACUGGAUAUCAAGACUAUCCUUGGUGGUCUCAUGUCUGGUGGUUUUGAGACCUUGAUUCAGCAAAGGGCAUAUGAGGAUAUUAUAUCAGUUUAUAAAACGCCUGAAGAGGCUUUCGAAGCUUGUGUUUCAGAGGAAAGAAGCAAUUAUAUCUGUGGCUUGGUGAAAGAAGCAUUGCGAUUCUAUCCUCCACUCAAGCUGCUUCCGGCUUGGCAAACAUAUAAAGAGUUCAACUACCAGGGAGCAGAAAUUCCAAAAGGAGUUCUUGUUUAUAUAAACGCUCAAGCAAUCAAUAGGGAUCCCGCCACGUACGGCCCUGAUGCAGACCAGUUCCGUCCCGAACGAUGGGUUGAGAACACUUACAAAGUUCCACCACCAUAUCAUUUCUCUUUUGGGGCCGGUGCUCGAAUGUGCACUGCCGUGAACUUUUCAAAUAGGGUACUAUAUGCAAUGUUCCUGCGCCUGAUCGUCUCCUUUAAGAUCACGGAGAGUAAAUCCAUGCUGGCAAAUGUUCAUUACAUUAACUAUAAGCGGGAUCCAAGUGCAUCCAAUGCAAUUGCCUCGGACUUUAAGGUCAAGUUCACUCCAAGGUCGCACCGUAGCUUGGAGAAAUGUCUUGGCGAGUCCCAGGCAAAUCUCUCCAAGUUCAUGACUAAAGACUCAGCUGAAGUUUUAUUACAGUGA